UCCUGGUCACGUCGGAAGAAGCUUUCCAAUUUUCGAAGCAUAUAAUUGAGUUAAUUGAUAACAAAAUCUUUGAACAAUAUGAAGUGCCAAGUUACAGGGAAUCGUUAAAGUCUCGCAAGUUGUGAGCAGAACUCUUUCUUAAAAUGUGUACCUACAAUCAAUAAGGAUCAAAUAACGAAAGUAUGAUGACAGAUCGUUAGUCGAACAGCGAAAACAAUACGGAGCGAUACCCAUUGAUAGGUCUGGCAUCGGUUCUUAAGAGUUAGUGGUCACAAGUAUCCCUGAGAGCGGAGUCGUCCUGUAGCAACUUAGGAAAACACACCGUAAUAUUUACAUAAAGAUUUCAACAAGUGAAAUUCUCUUCUCUGAUAGGAAACUUAUGAUUGCCUUGUAAUGGAAAGCAAUUCUAGCAGUGAUAGCUUAAAUGUGAGUUUUACACAAGAACUAAAGCACGAAUUAGAGGUGGUUGUCAUUUAUUCGGUGGCUUACGCCUUGAUAUUUCUUUUCGCUUUAUUUGGAAAUCUCACAGUCAUUAUUGUGGUGAUCAGACAUCGGUGGAUGCAUACAAAGACCAACUUUUUCAUCGUAAACCUGGCUUGUGCAGACCUUUUGGUGGCUAUUGUUGUCAUGCCAAUCAAUACAAUGAUAAAUAUAUUCAUUGAUUGGCGAUACGGCGCUGUACUAUGCAAGUUGACACCUUUCCUCCAAGGGAUAUCUGUUUGUGCCUCCGUCAAUACUUUGGCAGCCAUCGCAAUUGAUAGGUGCCUGGCAAUCUGUUAUCCCUUACACUACAAAAUCACUUGGAGGAGUUGUAAAAUUAUUAUGUGUAGCAUCUGGUUGUUCAGCAUCGUCAUAAUGAUUCCUAACUUGUUGGUAUAUACUAUAGAUGAAACAAACCCUGUGAAUAUGACCUUCUGCUCACCAAAGUGGCCAUCAACUACAUUAGAAACUAUUUAUUUUCUGGCCGGAUCAUUACUUUUUUGUUAUUCCCUCCCUCUGGCGCUGAUUAUUACAUGCUACUGUGUGAUUGGCUUUAAAGUAUGGAACCGGAAGGCUCCUGGUGUUUACGGAUCAAACGGUGUAAUACACAGAUCAAAAAUAAAAGUCGUGAAAAUGCUAGUCGUAGUGGUAGUAAUGUUUGCCGCCUCUUGGUUUCCAUUGUGGGUGAUACAGAUAAAAAUCAGACUAGAUCCGCACCCAGCAGACUUUUUCAUAGUUUAUAAUUACGCUAUUCCAAUCAGCCAGUGGUUGGGAUGCGCCAACAGUGGAAUAAAUCCUAUUAUCUAUAGCCUUUUCAGUAAGAAAAUUCGUAUUAGAAUAAAAACGAUGCUCAUGUGCAAAAAAGCAGAGUAUGAAGUUCCCCGCAAUCUUAGUUCGUACACUAGUACUCGAUAUGUGUCAGUUGAUUAUACCAAUGGCCAUGUGACUCUAAGGACAAACGGAUCACAAAAAGAGCGGAAGUCCUCGCGCACAGAUAGAUUAUUCAAUAAUAUUUACGACUGAUUUACAUUUACUGCAGUUCUGUC